AUGAACGAGUGGGCGCCCCCUAGGAGGCUGAAGGAGUCGCCGAGUGAGUCUCUGAACAUUUUGCCGGAAUAUCCCACAAACAUCACAAACACGUCUGUAAAUGGCACCCGGACAAUUCCAAUAAUAAAUACGACCAGCCAAAACUACAUCCCAAGAAUAGACUAUACGGCACUUCUGAACAGCGAAGUAUUGGAGGAAGUCCGGGAGAUGCUGGGCGCCUUUGAAGACGCAGAGUAG